GGAAGUCUUAGAUUCCAUGAGAAGUUUGACUGGGUACUUUCUAAGCGAGUGCACAGCAUAGUACAUGCACAGUAGAUUCAGCCAUUUCUGUCAUCGGUCUGAGUCCUGUAAUUCUACGUUGUGUGGGAGAAGUAUCUCCUGUCUGUAACACAAAUUUUGGAGUAACGUUUACAACAACUUAGGUUUUCCCUACCGUAUUGUCGGCUGGCUUGCUUGCCAGCUGAAUCUCGUCGGGAUGGACCCAGCAAGCCGAUACCAAGUGUUGGACAAUGAGGAUGACUCUUCGGAGGCCUCAACCAGUGAGCAGCAGCCUUGCACUUCAGCUACAGCCCAGGCUGGUAUGUCCAGCCAGGAGCAGAACCAGGCCGGCCCGGCGCCUGCCGCAGCAGCAGAGGAAGCAUCGGGAUCAGGGACUCAGGGGGAGGCAGAGGCACCUCCACCCCCUUACGCCUCCAUUGACCUGGGAGCAACCGCCGCAGCACCCGAGACUAGUUACCGUGGUGACUUCCCAGUGCCUCCGCCCUACAGUGUCGCCACAUCACUGCCGACAUAUGAUGAAGCGGAGAAGGCCAAAGCGUUCGCCAUGGCUACCUCCACUGUGGAGGUGAUGCCACAGGUUGAGGAAUUCCCUCCCAGGGAUGAUUUCAGUGACGCUGAUCAGCUUCGAGUUGGGAACGAUGGAAUCUUCAUGUUGGCCUUUUUCAUGGCCUUCCUGUUCAACUGGAUCGGGUUCUGUCUUUCCUUCUGUCUGACCAAUACCAUCGCAGGACGCUAUGGAGCCAUCUGCGGAUUUGGCCUUUCCCUCAUUAAGUGGAUUCUCAUUGUCAGGUUCUCCGACUACUUCACUGGCUACUUUAAUGGGCAGUACUGGCUCUGGUGGAUCUUCCUGUUGCUCGGUCUCCUGCUGUUCUUCAGGGGUUUCGUUAACUACCUUAAAGUCCGUAACAUGUCCGAGAACAUGGCCACCUCUCAUAGAACACGCCUCUUCUUCCUCUACUAAAAGGUUUCCACACCAUCACCAUUCCUUUCCAAUGUGAAGUUCCCUCCCUCACCCUCGAAUAACCUGAGCGAGGAGCCGUGCAGUGCAAAGAGGAGACUGGGAAGAAAGGAAGGAAAGACGUAGGGAGACAGUGUUACCAAUCUCAUUAAAAACAUAACACGGCUCACUUCAAACUUCUGAACAGAGCCAAACAAAACGAGUCUACAAUAAUCUAUCUUCUAGCUUUGUUUUCAUUUUUCAUUUUCCUUUGAUUCUAAACACAAUUUGAAAAAAACAAAACAAAAAAUGCAGUCCCCAUACGUGUCAAGAUGUAGCUCUCAGGAGUAGGAGGGCUUUUCAGAUACAUGAACAUGGUUACCUGAGGCCAAUUCAGCCUCCCAUAAUGAGAUAUGCAACAUUUUAAGAGUUGCAGAGAUGUUAAAUAAAAACACAGUCCAACUAUUUCAAUGAUCAGUGUCGUAAAUGUCAGAAACACAAAAGUUUCUCUAGCUCUAUUGUGUAAUCAGCUUAUGUUUGACAUAACCUCUGUCCAGAAACAUUAGGAAUUUUAAAAAUGGACAACACGCAGGAAUCGGAAACCUACUCCUAGCCUUUGAUAUUCAAAUCUCCUCUUCCAGCUUUUUCUACGACUUUUGCACAUUACAAUAUAUCUCGAGCAGUUUUAGCACUAGCUUUGCCAUUCCACAUUUUUAAAUUCAGGGGGUUUUGAAUAAGUCUUACUUUUAAACAGUGAUGUAGCAUUUUUACGCCCUCGUUUACAUAUGGUGUGGCCAAAGUCGGCCUACUUUAGUUGACAGUGUGCAUCCUUCUAACAUCUCAGCCUCUUGACCCUGAAAACAAAUAAGAAGCCAAGAGGAAAGAUGGAAGAUUUUCAUCUCAAGGGCACUCAAAUGUGCACAAACGAGGAAAACCAGAGUGACGCAGUGAGCGGUUUACAUAUCACAGACCCUGAUGCAUUUAGUGUUUUUAAAACAAACACAAUUUCCGACUUGCCCACGCUUAUUUCGUUUACCAUGACACGGAAAAAUAUGAUAAAGGACAGAAAACUCCUUGGAAUAAAUUGAAACUCUUAAUUAAUGUCAAUGUUUUUGAGACAAGCAAUUAUUAAAUUAAGCUCCUGACUGAACUAACUGAAACAGGAAACAACAAUUUUUCUAUCGAUACUCUCUGAGCCACUGAACGGAAAAAGAGGAAGCCAGGCAGUCAAUGAAAGUCGGUAAAAUUUGCGUAUUUACUAAAAAUACUAAAAAAAAAAGGAUUGUAAACUGAACCUAAUAUAUGUGAUACAUGUGCGCAAUAAGAUCUCCAUACAUUUUUCCUAUUCUUUUUGCCUUCAAAUGAUAACUGUCAUGCUAAGCUGACCUAUGCAGUACAGAUGUUCAUCAAUCAUGACCUUUUUAGAGGGCUACAGUUUCUCUGUUGGAAUCUAAGAAAAAUAAAAAGCGUCUGCCUAACUACCAAAAAACAACAACUUCAUAAUCUGUUUUUAACCAUAUGUCACAGCAAGACAUAUUUGUCACCUUUCCUGGGCUCAGUUUAUCAAAACACGCUGCUUUUUGUUCUUCUCAAACUCUACACUGGCAAAACAGUGUCUGUAAGCUACAGAGGAGCGCAGAUAAUCAGUGGAGGCUCCUUGGACUAAUCCGUGUUUUUAGACCACGCAGGCUGCUCUAGGCUGAUCGGUGAAAAGUGGCCCAAAAGCAGGACUAGUGAGCACCUUCUUCAGUGCUGUGGAAGGGGAAUUGAUAAUUAGACUCUUUUGGAACAAAAAAGUCAUAUGCAUUUCAGUUCUCUGUAAUGACCUACAUUAGUCGUGGAGUUAAAGUCCUGUGAAUAGUUUUGCCAUUAGAGAUUGAGAUCAGUCGGACCAGAGUGAAGCGGUAGUUAAUUUCCGGGGUAAAGCUGACAUGCCCUUUGAACAAGCUGCACACUAUGUGUGUGUGUGCUGCACACGUUUGCCAACACAAGGAUUUAAAUUACCAGUAAAGCAGAAGAAAAAUGAAAUAAAAGCUAUUAAAAUGUGACUCUUCGGGCAUGUUCUGCAUGAUUUUGAGAAACCUAACACAUGUAUUUCUCUUUGAGAUUUUAGCUUUUAUAAUUACAUUAAAAUGUUCUUUUUGUGGAGCAAGAAACUUUUGGUGAUGUAACAUAGCUCCUAUUAGAAAGUUGGACUCUGUGUGGGGGAAAACACUUUUUAACAUGUGAUGAACUGAGAAUGACAUCAGCAGCUGUUUUCAGGGGGUACAGUCCAGUGGGAGUGCAUUAGUCUUUCAGCUUUUGCUCUUUGAAAAUGGAGCCUGACAAAGAAGAAAAUCCUGUUUUUUUUUUAAAUAUUUUUUGGUCAUCCAGAUAACAAAAUGUAUAUACCAGCUUAUGCCAAUUCAUAAUAUUUGCACUUUGAAGAACUUCUGUACAGUAUGAUUUGUGAAUCUGCUUAACUUGUGGUGGAAAGAGAAAAGAAGAAGAAAAAAAUGUUUGCCAUCCACGUUUUACAACUGGAAUACUUAAUCAUCCCCAAUGGAUAAUUUGCCUUUUGCACUUUUUAUUUUUCAAUAAUGGUAAUAUUGUUAUUGUGUGUCUUGUUUCAUCACUUUUAGCCUACUGUGACAGUUUAAGUAUUGCCCAACUUUUUCAUGCUUUUUUUUUCUGGUCAUAUCCAACUAAAGCUUUUUUUUUUUGCAAUAUCAAGGUCUUUCAACAAAUUGAGCUCUGCUGCAUGAUUUAUCCACCUGAAUGAGUGGGGUAGAAUUAAUCUAGUACAAUUACAUUUCUUUGUAAAUAAAUAAAUAAAAAAUGGGAAGGCAGCCAAACUAUUUUUUUGUCUUAAGAUAAUUCUUGUGAUGUCUUCUGAAGCGGUUGUUGUGCAUUUAUCAUAACUGGAAUGAAAUUGACAAAUGAUUUCUUGCAAAAAUGCCAAUAAAGUUCAAAAGCCUGUCUGUUACACUUUA